CAAAGAUAGGUUUAAUAGUUAUAUAUAUGAAUUUACCUCAACACAUGUAGAUAUCACACGCUUACUAUAAGAAAUAAUCAUUUUAACAACUUACUGUGUCGGAAAUGAAAGGACAUAUAUGUUCACUCCUUGCUCUUCUUGUAAUCAUUUUACAGUCAGCAAUAGCAAAUGCACAAACAACAUUUUUAACAUGUAAGAAAUGUGACAGAGUUUCAAGUCUUGACUCAUGUUCAGGGUCUGUGAAAUGCGCAGAUGAUGAGAUAUGCUACAUGGAUGAACUUAUUACUGACCAGUCGACUGUAGUAUACACCGGGGGAUGCCGAUCUAAAGUUGUAUGUAAGGCCGGCGUAAGUGGAUCACCUUCAGUUGGAAAGCGUGGCCUACAGAAGAGAAGCGAUCUAGUAGCAUGUUCUAGGUGUUGUGAUAUAAAGAAGAAAUCUGGUGCACUGGAUUGUAAUGCCAGACUUUGUGGAAUCAAAUACACUGAUACAAAUUCUACGAGAUGUUAUUUAUGUGACAAUAAUCGAGCAGAUGCCGAGCAGGGAGAUGUCGAUAUUCCUCAGGACUGCUUAUCUGAAACCACGUGUCAGCCUAACGAGGCCUGCGGGUCGGAAAGACUGGAUUUAAGCGGAAAGGAUAGCCACAAAUACACAUGUCUACCGAAACGCAUAUGCACUUUAUUGACGAAAGAAUCACUUAAAAGAAAAGAUGAGUGUGUAACUAACCCAGAUCCUGCAGUAUGUGGUAAUGUUGGUACCGGUAAACGAGCAGCCACGAAUCAGUGCACUGCUUGUUGUGGUGAUGGACUUUGUAACAGCGGCACCUGCGAACAGGUCAUAGACCGACUUUACAACCUGUGGAAGGGUGGGGCUUUGGAUUUCGAUACUUUGAAACAAAAAAGCCAACCGACGACCACUGCUCCAAUAGCCACAAACCCACCGACACCUGCAACAACAAAGUCAACACAACCACCACCGCCUACUAAACCCCCGACAACGCAGCCUCCGGCAACAACCCAGACAACACAACCACCGCCCACUAAACCACCUACAACACAGCCUCCUGUUACCACACAGACAACACAACCACCACCUACUAAACCACCUACAACACAACCUCCUGUUACCACCCAGACAACACAACCACCGCCUACUAAACCACCGACAACGCAGCCCCCGGUUACAACCAAGACAACACAGCCACCUACAACACAGCCACCUGUUACAACCCAGACAACACAGCCACCAACUACCACCCAGACAACACAACCACCUAUUACAACUCAAACAACCCAGCCACCGGUUACAACUCAGACAACACAGCCACCAGUUACAACCCAAACGACACAGCCACCAGUUACAACCCAGAAAACACAAGCACCAGUAACAACUCAGCCACCAGCAACAACACAGCCAAUUGUAAGCUCUCCAGCUAUUUCAGUAUCUGCUGCUCCACAAACGCCAGCGACGGCAGCAGUAGUGGUUUCACAGGCAAGUUCGACAGUAGCACCAAAUUCACCUCCAACUAUCACACCAAAUACUGUCGUCCCACCUAAUACUACUGCAAUUGUUGGGUGAAUGACUGAAUAUCAUACUUUAUAAAACUUUUAAUGUAAUAUACGCUAUAAAAAGCUUGUGUUUGUACAAACUUGGUUAUGAUAUUUGUCUUUGAAUAAAAAUUCUUUUUUUUCC